AUGUGGGCUGUUGGUCUGUCACAGAAGACUAUUUAUCUGAUUGAGGUAAAGGCUAUCAGGGAGACUAUCAGAGUGCCGGAAGUGGUGCGGGAGCUGCCUCUGACCUCCUCUGUGGACGACUUCCGGCAGCCUCGGGCCAGUAGCACCAGUAACUUAGAGACACCUUCACAGAGGGCCCCCAGGAAGGGAAAAGCCGGCAAGCCCAAGAGAGCAGAGCAAGACCACUAUGAAACAGACUACACGACAGGUGGCGAGUCCUGCGACGAGCUGGAGGAGGACUGGAUCAGAGAGUAUCUACCCAUCACUUCAGAUCAACAAAGACAGCUCUACAAGAGAAAUUUUGAUAGUGGCCUGCAGGAAUACAAACGCUUACAAGCAGAACUUGAUGACGUCAAUAAAGAACUUUCUCGUUUAGAUAAAGAACUGGACGACUAUAGAGAAGAAAGUGAAGAGUACAUGGCCGCUGCAGAUGAAUACAACAGACUGAAACAAGUUAAGAGAUCAGCAGAUUACAGAAGUAAGAGAAAUUACUGCAAGCAGCUGAAGAGCAAACUAUCACACAUCAAGAAGAUGGUUGGGGAUUAUGACAGACAGAAAACAUAGAGGGCAGAUGCCACGUUGCUGGAAAAAUGAAGGUGUCUCUGUAGUGUUCUCAGAAGACAAACGACUGGACCAGGAAGCCAAAACUUUGUUAUCAUUACAGAGUUUUGGUAGCAUUUGUAUCAUCAGUUUCGUAUCAUCAGUAUUGAACCAUUUUAUAAAUAACUUUUGAUAAUCACUUGGGCUGAACACUCCAAUUAAAAAUUUUACAGUUUAAA